AUGGUGGUAAGUUGUUGUGAUAGUUCAAGGAAAAUUGAAGGUCAUCCAUCAACGUUUGAUCUGCAAAAUUAUCUCGAUAUUUAUAUGGAAUUAAUUGAUUAUAUAUGGCGUGGGAUAGUUUUCACGAAUAAACUAAAGGCAGAGUCACUUUUUGCCGUUAAGCGUCAAGGUGCUUUCAAGCGUCUCGUCGAAGUUGGCCGAGUUGUUUUCCUAAAUUAUGGCGAUGAUACCGGAAAACUCGCCGUCAUUGUUGAUAUAAUUGACCAUAAUCGGGCACUUGUCGAUGGACCCAGCACUGGAGUUCCUCGUCACGCUCAUCCGUAUCGGCGUCUAACACUCACCGAUAUUGUCAUUGAAAAGUUUCCACGAGGUGCUCGAUCACCCACUGUAAAAAAAUUCUUUGAUAACCAAAAAAUUCUGGAUAAAUGGAAUAAAACUGCCUGGUCAAAGAAAUUGGAGAAUCGCAAGAAGAGAGCUGCGUUAACGGAUUUCGAUAGAUUUAAGUUGCUUAAAUUGAAGAAACAACGUCGUUGUCUUCUUCAAAAAGAGAUUUCCGCAUUAAAGGCCAAAUCUUAA